GACGUGGGAUUCCCCAGCCUCAAACAACCGUGGCCACCAAAAUCACCACAAAACUGGCCACGCUUUCCUGAUUCCCAGGUUUUUGUCCCAUGGUUGAGCCUGUGAAGAAGCCAGGACAGUUCAAUUCAAGAUGAGUUUGGCUUUGCCAUGGCUGCAAAUGCCACCACCAUCACUUACUCUACAGACAAGACCAACAAAACUUGAUACAAAAUCAAGGCAUUCCUUCAGCUGCUUCUGCUCUGCUGCUGUUUCUGAAGCUGGCUCACAACCAUCUUCUGCAAUCCAAUUUUCUUCCAAUUCCUCCACCUACCGCCCUGCUGUCAUUCUUCCAGGCUUAGGAAACAAUACAAAUGACUACGAGAAAUUGGCUCUGAUACUGAAUGGUUAUGGAGUGCCAACCGUGGUUGUGAAGGUUUCAAGAAUCGACUGGCUGAGGAAUGCUGCUGGUUUGCUUGAUCCAAACUAUUGGCGUGGCACCCUCCGUCCUCGGCCAGUUCUUGAUUGCUUUCGGAGCAGGUAUUUUAAGAAGCUGGAUGAGGCUGUCAGUGAAGCAAAUGAAUUGGCUCAAGGUGGGGCUUUGUCUUUUAUUGGACAUUCAGCUGGAGGAUGGCUAGCACGAGUUUACAUGCAAGAGAUUGGGUUCUCAAAUAUUUCACUGUUAUUGACUCUAGGAACACCACACCUCCCACCGCCAAAGGGAGUGCCUGGAGUUAUCGAUCAAACAAGGGGCCUUUUGUAUUAUGUUGAAAAGAACUGUCCAAAAGCUGUUUAUACUCCAGAACUGAAAUAUGUAUGUAUUGCAGGCAGGUACAUUGAAGGAGCUCGCUUCUUUGGCUCAAAUGAUGAUAGUUCUGGAAUGGCUGUAAGCAUUGACCACACAAAUUCUGAGAUUGCUGUUGUAAACACAUCUAAACCACCAGCUGCCACAUGGCGUGCUCGCUUUGUUGGUCAAGGCUACAAGCAGGUUUGUGGCCAGGCAGAUACAUGGGGUGAUGGAGUUGUGCCAGAACUCUCAGCACAUCUGGAAGGAGCACUGAAUAUCAGCCUUGAAGGUGUGUACCACUCACCUGUUGGUUCUGAUGAUGAAAGCAGACCAUGGUAUGGCUCUCCUGGUGUUGUUAAACGAUGGAUACAUUAUCUCCUUCACUAAUCAGAUUCGACACAAACAAUACUGGACGGAGAAGGAAAACAUCAUUGUUUCCUAGCACUCUAAUUCUUAGCUAUUUUUAGGUGCUUUGCUGGAUUGGGAUGGUAAAUCACUCGCUACAUACUGGCUAGAUUGACUAAACUUGUAUCAAUGAUGUUGGUACAUUGAUUCACGAGAUGUAAAUUGGAUAAGCAAUCAUUUCUUUGAUCCCCCAUUAUCCAAGAGGGGUUGAUUGUCAAAUGGUAAAUAUCUACUUCCAUGGUGAAGCAACAAAUCCACAGUUUCUUUGUCUUGGCAAGCAUGAAUAUCUAAUUUUUCAAUUUUGUAA